UUAGUUGUCAAAAAAUCCAGUUUUACUCCUAACCUCGGCUGCGCAGACGCUGAGAAGACAUUCAAGAAGAAGAAGAGGAAGAGAAGCAUUGCCCAACUUCUCUUCUUUAAAAUGAGCAACUCUUGCGCCAAUUAACUUCGCGCAAAUCAUGACGGACCAAAACACUAGAAGCACCAAUGCGAAUUCCAAGAAAUCUAUCCCACCGUACAUUAAGGCGGUCUCUGGGUCGUUGGGAGGGAUCGUGGAGGCGUGUUGCUUGCAGCCUAUAGAUGUUAUUAAGACUAGGCUUCAACUGGAUCGUACCAGGACUUACAAGGGUAUAAUCCACUGCGGCUCCACCGUGGUUCGCACGGAGGGCGUGCGGGCACUGUGGAAGGGUUUGACACCGUUCGCGACUCACCUGACCUUAAAGUACUCGCUACGCAUGGGAUCCAAUGCGGUGCUGCAGUCUGCGUUUAAGGACUCGCAGACCGGCAAUAUCAGCAAUCAGGGAAGGUUGUUGGCCGGGUUCGGUGCUGGGGUUCUUGAGGCACUUGUUAUCGUUACUCCAUUUGAGGUAGUGAAAAUAAGACUGCAGCAACAAAGAGGGUUAAGUCCUGAGCUUCUAAAAUACAAGGGUCCCAUCCAUUGUGCUCGUACGAUCAUCCGUGAGGAAGGCUUCUUUGGGCUCUGGGCAGGGGCAGCCCCUACUGUAAUGCGGAAUGGUACAAACCAGGCUGCCAUGUUUACUGCAAAAAAUGCAUUUGAUAUAUUGUUGUGGAAGAAACAUGAAGGUGACGGUAAAGUACUUCAACCAUGGCAGUCUAUGAUAUCAGGAUUUCUAGCUGGAACGGCAGGUCCAGUGUGUACAGGCCCCUUUGAUGUUGUUAAAACAAGGCUGAUGGCUCAAAGUCGAGAGGGGGGUGAGCUGAAGUACAAAGGUAUGUUCCAUGCCAUCAGAACAAUAUAUGCUGAGGAAGGGCUUCUCACCUUGUGGAAAGGAUUGCUACCCCGUCUCAUGAGGAUCCCACCUGGCCAGGCUAUUAUGUGGGCUGUGGCAGACCAAGUUACUGGAUUUUACGAGAGGAGAUAUCUUCACAAUGCGCACUUAUAGAAUCAGAUGAUGUUCGGCUUGACGAACACAGUUUGGAUUCGCGUGCAUCAAUUUGAAAGAAUCGCGCCUGAAGGGCCCUCCAAAUCCGCUCUUUGCCGAAUGCCUUGCAGCUAGGGCAGCUCUGAGUCACCAGUUUCUCCACCAAGGAUCUUCACUGUGAGUCCAUUCUGGAAGGAGAUUCUCUUCUGGUCAUUGUGGAGCUAAAUAACGAAAACAGUAACCUCUCAGAAGCUGGAUUGUGUCUUAAAAGUGCCAAGGAUUUCUCAUUUUGCUGUUGUUAGUUGUUGUCAUGUAAAAAGAGCUGCAAACAAAAGCAGUCAACGCGGUAGCAAUGGGGAAUCCAAUGUAUUCAGAGCAGAAACUGGGUUGACAUAUGCCCAGAUUUUCUUGUCCAUGUUAUUGCUGCUGAUUGCAGCCUUUCUUUUGUUUAAUGAAGUCUUCUUUUCUCUCAAAAAAG